AUGUUCUUUGAUCUCAAUGUUCCUUACAGUCCAGAUGACUCUGACGUUCCUCAUACCUUGAAUUUCCUAGCAGAACUUGGUUACACUAUUGUCGCCUUGUCUCAAACAAUUAAUGGAAAGCUCCCUGCAAGCAUUUCCCCGCCGUCUCUCCCGCCAAACCCGCCUAAAUCCCUCCAACUGCUGACCCGGCUCAACCUGACCUUGUCCGAUCCCGCACAGAACCAGCGUCUGGCUAGUUUGACCCAGGCAUACGAUCUGGUUGCUCUCCGUCCGACAAAUGAAAAGGCUUUGCUCAACGCCUGUACCAACCUGGAAUGUGAUGUGAUCUCGCUUGAUCUAUCAGUUCGUUUGCCGUAUCAUUUCAAAUUCAAAAUGCUGUCGGCUGCUAUAUCACGCGGAGUCCGACUAGAAAUAUGUUAUGGCCCCGGAAUCACAGGGAGUGGAUUAGAUGCUCGCCGGAAUCUUAUCGGGAAUGCUACCGCGUUGAUCAGAGCCACACGAGGCCGCGGUAUUAUUGUGUCCAGUGAGGCCCAAAGAGCCCUGAGCUUACGAGCUCCGUGGGAUGUGAUCAACUUGGCCUGUGUCUGGGGACUUUCGCAGGAGCGUGGCAAGGAGGCAAUCUGCGAGGAAUCCAGAAAGGUCACGGCUCUUGCUAAGCUGAAGCGGACCAGCUGGCGAGGCAUUGUCGAUAUUGUCCAUGGCGGGGAGAAGGUGGAACGCCAGAAAUCUUUACCGAAGCAGAAAGCGCCCACGAAGUCCGACACCCCAGUCGAGCCUAGUAAUGCGGCUGAUACUUUGAAGCGAAAGGCCUCACUGGGAUCUGAACCAGUCGAAGAACCCGAAAAGGCACUUUCAAAGAGAGAGAUGAAACGCCGGGCCAAGAAGGCCCGGUUUGAGUCACGAGGUGGCGAUCCAACUGACACCUGA